UGAUGAUGUUGACUUGUUUGGGGAGGAGACUGAAGAGGAAAAGAAGGUUGCUGAAGAACGUUCUGCAGCUGUUAAGGCCUCUAUUAAAAAGAAAGAAUCUGGAAAGUCCUCAAUUCUUUUGGAUGUUAAACCAUGGGAUGAUAAGACUGAUAUGAAAAAGCUUGAAGAAGUUGUUAAAAGUGUUUCAAUGGAAGGAUUAUCUUGGGGUGCAUGCAAACUUGUUCCAGUUGGUUAUGGAAUUAAGAAACUGCAAAUCAUGCUCACCGUUGUGGAUGACCUUGUUUGUGUUGAUGAUCUUGUGGAGAAUUAUCUCACCGUUGAACCUAUCAAUGAAUAUGUUCAGAGCUAUGAUAUUGUUGCUUUCAACAAAAUAUGAUUUAUUUGCAUUUGGGUGCUGGGGGGAAUGUGCUAUGCUUAUAUACCGCC